AUGUUAGUCUCGUCAGCACUUCAGGCUAUUCUGCAGCAUCUGACUACCAACCGCAACCGUCUCGCGAAAGAGUUCUCUCCUUCCAUAUCGACCGAAGACAAAGUGGCUCGGGUGUUGACGGCGAUGCUGCGAGGUCCAAAGUGCGAUGAGAGCAGUUCCCGUCAUCUGACCGCGUGCUCCGACCUCCCUCUACUCCAAGUGGAUCUUCGAAUGCCUACCGAGGUUUAUGAGCAUCCUCCAGCCGGUUAUCUUAGGAUCAGCUUCAGUGAGACGUUGUUUCCGCAAGUGCCGAUGCUCACGGAUGGAAUCCUCGAAGCAAAAUACCUCUUCACCGUAGGGCCUGACCGUCGCGAAUUGCAUUGCAUAAUUCUGGAUCAACACGCGAUCAACGUGGGCCGCCAAGCUUGUGUUCACGUCCCCCGACAUGUUGCAGGAAGACGUCUGUGGGCUCGUUUUGGGACUGAUUCGCCGAAGAAACCGCGUGACUCACCUUCGAGCUAUGUUCGAGGGGGCCCCGGACGCGGUCACUAUCACUCCUACUCUCUCCAACUUUCGUCUCGAGGAGAUCCAAGACGACCAGUUCCUUUCAGCCUGGACGCGAUACAACGUUUCAUCGGCGAUGCGUUUCUCAGAACCCCCGGUAUCCAUGAGCAUGCUCGCAAGCAGCUCUGCCAAUUAAUUCGUCAAUUUCUUCCGGUGCUUCCAGAAGAGGCUAUUGUGCUUUUGCGAGUGUUCCGCCCCACCCAGGAAGAUUAG